AAAAAGAAACACUAAAGAUGCCUAUAAUAUCAAUUACUUCACCUUCCCAUCUUUUAAUAACAAUAUUUAUGAUUUUGUUGUCAAGCAAGAUGUUCUGCAUUUCCCUUUCUCAAAAUCUUCUUUGUCCAACUGGGACUCCGAAGGUCGGACUCCCAGUAACCAAAGAAGAUAUUGACUUGUUGCAAUUCUCUGAGAAUUUAGAGUUUUUGGAAGCUGAAUACUUCUUGUGGGCUGUACAUGGUUAUGGUCUUGAUAUUGUAGCACCAGAAUUAGCCAUGGGAGGGCCUCCUCCCAUUGGUGUCCGCAAAGCAAAUCUUGAUUUUUUUACAAGUAACAUCAUCAAUGAGUUUGCCAUGCAAGAAGUUGGUCAUCUAAGGGCACUUAGAUCGAAAGUAGGUGGUUUGCCAAGACCUUUGAUGGAUCUAAGUUCUAGACACUUUGCACAUCUAUUUGAUGAAGCAUUUGGUUACAAAUUACAACCCCCAUUUGAUCCUUAUAGAGAUAGUCUCAAUUUCAUGUUGUCUUGCUAUGCACUACCAUAUGCUGCAUUAGUUGGCUAUGUUGGUACAAAUCCCCUCAUCCAAGGCUAUGAAUCAAAAAGGCUUUUGGCAGGACUAUUAGGUGUUGAAUCAGGACAAGACGCGAUGAUCAGAAUGUACCUUUACGAGAGAGCUGGAAAAGUAGUAUAUCCUUACAGACACACUGUGGCGGAGUUCACAAUCCACAUUUCAAAUUUAAGAAACCGUUUGGCAAUGUGUGGUAUUAAAGACGAAGGCUUGUUCGUGCCAUGGCAGCUUGGUGCAGAGAAUCGGACAACAACAAACAUAUUAUCAGCUGAUUUCUAUUCUCUUUCUCAGUGGCGAACUCCUGAAGAGAUUCUAAGGAUUAUGUAUAACACUGGUAGUGAAAAUGCUCAUGGCGGGUUCUUUCCUCGUGGUGCUAAUGGCAACAUUGCUAAAAAUUUGUUAAAACUAGAGUGCGGGAUAAAAAAUGCUACAAAAAAAUCCCAAAAGAAAACUCUAAUUAAAUCUUAGAAAUUAGAUCAAUGUCGGUUAGUUGACUAGCUGGACUUUCAUUUUGUUGGUGAAGGUUUGAUUGUCUGUCUUGUAAUACUCUCGCUAAUUUCCCAUUCACUUCCCCUUUGUGU